AUGAUUAUAUACCUGGCGGUGUCAGAUAACGCCAUCAGUUCCGUCCUGUUACAAGAAAUGCCUGAACCGGCCCUAGUUUAUUUCAUCAGCAAAACGCUCCAAGGUUCCAAAUCCCGGUAUCAAUUGAUGGAGAAAGUGGUGUUUGCCCUAGCCCACACAGCUCGUCGGUUAAGACGCUACUUCCAGAGUCAUCGAAUGGUGGUACGGACAGAUUGUCCAAUGUUCAAAAUUUUAAGAAAACCUGAAUUAGCUGGUCGUCAACGCCUCCUUAAAGCUCAAGUACUUGCCGACUUUGUCAAUGAAUUCACGACUCAGCCACAAGCCAAUUGGGAUAUGUGGAACCUACAUAUUGAUGGAUCAUCAAACCAAUCUGGUAGUGGAGCAGGAAUUAUACUUGAAGGCCCGAACGCCGUAACAAUUGAACAAUCUAUUCGGUUUGGAUUCAAAGCCUCUAAUAAUCAAGCUGAAUAUGAAGCCCUCCUAGCCGGCCUCAAAUUGGCAAAGGAUGUUGGAGUAAAACAUGUCACUUGUUGGAGUGAUUCAAAGAUAGUGGCCGAACAGGUCAAUGGAACAUAUCAGGUGAAGGAUUCGGUCAUGCUCCAAUAUUAUCAAGAAUUUAAAAAUAUAGAAGCCGAGUUUGAUGAGAUAUGUGUUCGAUACACCCCGAGAACAAUGAAUGAACAAGCCGAUAAGCUUGCUAAGUUGGCAAGCCAAAGAAAACUUGGGCAAUUAAAAAGUGUCAUUCACCAGGAAGUCCUUAAACCGAGCAUAGCUAAGAAAGAGUGCAUAGAUAUAGAAAAUGUGCCUCACAAUUGGAUGACUCCCAUUAUCCAAUACCUUACCGAUAGCAGCCUGCCAAAUAAUCCAGAAUCGGCCAAGAAAAUAAGAAUGCAUGCAGCUAAAUACUUCCUUCUUGGCAAAGACUUGUACAGAAGAGGGAUUUCAACACCUAUGCUUAAAUGCCUUAACGACGGCCAAGCAAACUAUGUCACGAGGGAGAUUCACGAAGGUAUCUACGGUAUCCAUUCAGGUGGACGAACCAUGGCGGCAAAAAUACUCAGAGUUGGGUACUAUUUGCCAACACUCUCCCAAGAUUGCCAUAUGUUUACUAAUGGUCAAGCUAAGGCCGCAAACAAAGUGAUCUUGCAUGAAUUAAAAAGAAGAUUAGGUUCGGCAAAAGAGGAGUGGGUAGAGAAGCUGCCCGAGGUGCUAUGGGCUUAUCGGUGUACGCCGCAAACCACAACAAAGGAAACUCCUUUUCGGCUUACCUAUGGUACUGAUAUCAUAGUGCCAGUAGAAAUUGGAGAACCUUCAUUUCAAAGGGAGAAUUUUGAGAAAUCGGCUAAUAACGAGGUUUUGGCCGUCAACCUGGAUAUAAUAGCUGAGGUACGUGGCCAAGCAGCCAUUAUGACCGAGGCCAGCAGAAGAAUGAUGGUUAAAAAAUUUAAUACCAAAAUCAAUCCAUGA